AUGUUGAGAGACUCGAUGGACUGCCUUGCUAACAAUCAUCAGCGCAAAAGGUCUUUUGACUUGGCCAACAACAACCAAGACGUCACGAGUACAAUCCGCCGCCGUGUUCGCCAUGGCUCAGCUUCGACAGCUUUGCCAGUAGGGCCCGUCGAAUCCUCCCAAAUCCCCGCCGCCUCCUCCCACAAGAGACGACCGCCUCUUUACCCGACCAAAUACACGAAUAUGCCCCCGGUCGAGGUGGGCUCGAUCAUGUCAACACCAUUUCCGUCCUUCAUGUCAGUUGUUGGAAAGCCCGAUACAAGCAUCUUGAAGGCUAUGGAAGAGUUGACGGCCGCCUCGGAGACAACACCUGAGAGUGAUACCCAGAUUCUGGUCACCGACGCAAAUCCUCCCCUAGACUCGACUGGGCAGCACUCCGCUCUCUGCCUACACCAUCGCGAUAGCAUUACCUCCAUGACCUCCGCCUCAACAGAAUCAUCCCCUACGACCACCAAUUCAACCUUUGACUCUCCCUUGAUAACAGACUCUUCACCAUCCUCAUCUCCCGAGUCAGCCACCUCGAAUGCUCCCGUAUCUCCCUUCCGGCACAUAAUGGUCAGACCUGCAGCAGAACAAUCGGCUAUUCCUCAACAGCAAACCGCACCGCCAGGCAAACAAAACACAGCUGCACCCAUAACGACGAAGACUGCGUUAGUUCCAGAGCUCCCGAAGAAUGUCAAAAACCUGUCAUUAAAUAUGAGCGCGGUGGUGCUACCCCGCCCUUCGACGGCCCAUGGAUUCGAGUCCCAUGCAUUCUCUGCUCCCGCGUCGCCAUCGAAGGACACUCCUCGAACAGGCCGGAAGAAGCCAACCAACCUGACCAUCAGGACCCCUGGAUUUCAACAGGUGACUUUCAAUCGAGCAUUGGAUGUGCCUCCCACACCCAGCUCCAGACCGACAUUACAUCACAUGGCUUCUUCACCCGCCCUCGCCUCCCUGGCUUCCCCCACGAAACCUCCUCCAGGAGGUCUGUUCCUGCAUUUACCCGCCUCUGGUACUGUUCUCUCCGGCUCUGGAUCAGAAUCAAGCAAUUCGGCUCAGUCGGCCAAUGCUCAACUCCCAGAGGUGAAAGAGGAGGACGAGUUCCGCCCGCAGCGAUCACAAGAAACUCAAGAAAAGGGUUAUCCAAAGGGCCCCGUCCUGAUAUACGACAGCGGAGUCUACCUGUACCUGGAGCCAACAGCGGAAGAGGCCAGCCAAUUCGACAUGGUCAUCAAUGUUGCCAAGGAAAUUAAAAAUCCCUUUGAAGCGGGACCACCAAAGCCCGAGAUGGAACCGCAGACUGCCAUUUCGGAGUUGUCGUUCAAGUCGGCCUGGGAGUGGCCUCGCCCUAACGAAAUCCCGACGCCGACCACCCCCAGGCCGAACUCUCUCGUCCAGCUGCCGCAGCCUGAAUACUUGCAUGUGCCAUGGGACCAUAAUUCGGAAAUACUGGAGGAUCUGUAUUGCCUCUGUCGACUAAUUGAUGAAAGAAUACAAGCGGGCAAAAAAGUCCUAAUACACUGCCAGUUAGGAGUCAGUCGCUCGGCGUCCUUGGUGAUCGCAUACGGCCUAUAUAAAGGGUACCAACCGGAUUUCCAUUCGAUGUAUAUGGCGGUGAAGCAACGGAGUGAAUGGGUGGGACCCAACAUGAGCCUGAUCUAUCAGUUGACAGACUUCCGGUCAAAGGUCGUCAAAGGAGUCUAUGGGGACCACUGCAACAAUCCCAAGCCGAGCUGGUGGAAGAUACAAUCUUCGGACUCUUCCAUCAUGGACACACCGGUUGCCAAGCAAUCUUCAUGGCUCGGUGAGAGAGCUGCUGCUCAGACGGAUGCCUUUCUCUAUGAUUCUUACGAGAAAGCUCCCCCGCCGUUGAGACUCGAAAAGGUGCUUCCUCCUGUACCGCUGUUUCUCCGGGAUGACCAAAUAGCGACGCCCGCCAAGUUGAGCCAGAUUCUGGGGAGUAUCGCAAGGCAGUCGCUGGAACCUCCGAAAACAUCGACCCCCGAACCGGCUGCUGAGGCGCGUAAUUCUUCACGUCCUCAAAGCCCUCCGCAGAGCGUGUCACCGAGGCCACUGCCGUUCCGUGAACGGUUCGACACACCAUCUCCCCAGCAGUCACCCAACCCUUCCAAGACGCCCAGAUUAGGGAUCUUGACCACCUCGCCCAGGAUGGAUCUCGCCGCGGAGGGACCCGACGGGCCCUCGCUCUUGUCUCCGCGGGCCACAGAAUUUAUGUUGUCCCCGUUUGGAAUCACGACUUCAGCAGACCUUGCCAUGCCCGAUGUUAAUGGCAAGAACGUGACCAGGGGAGUCUUGCUCCCGCGUCAAUCGCAGCAACCGGCAUCAUCACACCCGGUGGCAGGCCAGAUACCAGCACCGUUUGACCCCAGGAGUCCGCACCAACAAGGGGAAGCGCCCGAGAUUUUCCGGAACAUUGAUGAUUUCUUGUGA